AACAACAUCCGGGGAAUGUUUGCGUCCGUAGUUACCGACCGUAUACAAGGGGAAGAAACUGUUGACAACGGCUUGUUGCAGUUACUUUACUCCAUAUUUAUAGUUAGCGAAUCAGUACAUAACGCAAUGGAAAUCAUUAAGGGUAGUUUAGAUGAUAUUUCCCGACCUGCAUCGACCGAGCAAACUGAUAACAGAUUUUGUCCCGCUGCGCCAUUUGAGCUGCUUGUUUUGAGCAACGAUUCUGCUGACUUCCAGCAGAAUGGCAGUGGGGAAAUGGAACACCCUAAUAGAGGCAGAGGACCUGGUAAAGAUCAGUUUUUUGCUGAGGUUACAGGAGAUGAAAAUGAGGAUUCAAAGCUACAGAGAGCUUUUGAGGAAAUGAGACGACUUGAUGAAAUUCUGUCAGCAGAAAUCUUCAAGGAAAAAGAAAUUCAGUGUCAAAGAAAAGAACUCCAAGCAAAAAUGUGGCAAGAGCUCCAGAGAAAACCCGACAGAUACUCUGAAUGUGCUCAUGAAGCUUUGAACACGAAGCUGUUUUUGGCUUUGGAAGCCCACACUUGUACAAAAGAGGAGGACCAUUACGCACCUCUGUUUGAGACCCAGGUUCCGGACUGUGAGCAUGAUGGGGACGACCAGGGCCUGCAGCAAGCUGAGAUGCCGCCUUGCAGCUUGACUUCAUCAUUUGGAGAAAGCAGUGCAAAUAAUGAGGGCCUCCGGUUUGUGGAGAGCAACAGCAAAACUUCCAAAACAAAAAACAAACAGAAGGACUUUGUCCAGAGGAACAUCGAGCUGGCAAGUGAUGUGGGUCGAGUGCGCUUGACCCGUGCAGAGAAAGAGCGUCUGGCUGAACUCUUUCAAGAAAAAAACGAAGAGGAAGAGGACAGAGCCAGGACCAGCGGCACAGACAGUGAGGAGGCUGUGUGGGCUACGUCAGUCUCUGCAGGCCAGGGUUACACCCCAGAGCUUUCUGAUCUGGAGCAUCUGAUGGAGCUUGAUGCUAAAAUUUGCCUCCUCCUUCCUGCUGAAGAACUCCACUCCCUGCAGAGCUCGAACACAGACCUAAGCGUGUUCCAGGAAGUCCCAGUGAAGUACAUGGAGGUUGUGGUUGGAACGUGGCAAAAGGGCCUUGGCUCCAAGGUCGGUUGGAAGCAGGAUUGGGACCGGCAGCCAGGAGAGAAGGUCCUGCAGGAUAUAAAGGAGAGGAGAGAACUGGAGACGCGGCUUCAAGAGAUCCAGCGGCAGCUGGAGAUGCUGGGUGUUGGCCAGGAGAUGACGAAUGAGUCAGCAGACCUGACUGAGGAGCAGUUGCUUUGUCUGCUGGAUGAAUGUGAGAGGACAGAGAGUUGGAGCCAGGACAAUCCGAGGAACAAAACAGCGCCAUCAGGACCUUAAAAACAUCCAUCUUGUCCUUGUGAAUUACUGCCUCCAAAGCACAUCACCUUGCUUUUAUUUUCUACAAUGAACUCAUUCGUAAACUAUUACAAAUGAAUGGAAAUGCAAAUAUUUAUAAAAGUUGAUAAGCAUUUUUUUUUCCACUCUAAUGGCGUUCUUGUGUUCCACAUGUGGUUGAAUUGCAGUCCAUUGCUACAAUUUAUGUUCUCCUCAAGGAAACAGUUGCUAAGGCACUCUUUGUAUCAAUCUAAGUAUCAGUAAAUGACAAAUAACAUUGCUGCCAUUAACUAGUGAUUAGAUGCAGCUGCACACAAACUGGAUCAUAGCUAAUUUGAAGAACCACUUCAUGAACACAGUCAUGUCACCUCUUUAGGUUUUUCCAAUGUUCCUGUCCUUGGUCGUGUUAUAGCAGCGCUUGGCAACACAGGUAUCACAUUCACACAAAGAUGUGACUUUACAAUCCAUGGGAUUUAUGUGUAAAUUUGAGGUUUCUGCACCUGCACCAGCUGAUCACUGAAGAUGCUUCCUUCAGCUUAUUAUCAGUGUGUGAGGGGGAUAGUUAUGUACAGAGUCUGUAUAGAGUCUGUUUUUCACAAUGAUCUGAUCACACAGAGGCUCUGAAACUGGAAGUUGUUUUUUUUAUGACCUGUCCUUCUUCUAUUGUUUAAUUAUAAAAUAAACUAUCUGAGACUU